AUGUCGCGUAUUUCAGUUUCAACUUCAACUUCAGAAUCAGUGGAAAGUAUUUUUUCAGAGAAUUGUGAUGAUGAAAAAAUUAGCAUGGAAAAUUUCGCUCUUCUCAAAGUGCUCGGCAAAGGAGCAUAUGGAAAAGUGUUUUUGGCGAGGAAGGUCGGAGGUCACGACCAUGGUACCGUUUACGCAAUGAAAGUUUUAAGAAAAAGUCGUGUUAUUUGCAAGCCAAAAACUGUUGAACAUACUAUGGCUGAACGACAUGUUUUAGAACGCCUUAAAGGAUUACCAUUUUUAGUUAAUCUUGUAUAUGCAUUUCAGUCCGAUUCAAAAUUACAUAUUGUUAUGGAAUUUGUUCGUGGUGGUGAGCUUUUUACUCAUUUAUGUAGUCGAGGAUUAUUCGAUACAAAUACGGCUAAAUUUAUUAUUGCCGAAUUAGUGGUUGCUAUCGAUAGUGUACAUAAGCGAGAUGUGGUUUAUCGUGAUCUUAAACUGGAAAAUAUUUUAUUAAGUGAAGAUGGUCACAUAAAAUUGACUGAUUUUGGUCUCAGUAAGCAAUUAUCAGAUAAUGAAAUUCAAAGGACGAGUUCGUAUUGUGGCACGAUUGAAUAUAUGGCACCAGAAGUAAUUCAUCGUCCUUCAGAUGGUUACGACGAAACCGUUGACUGGUGGAGUUUAGGAGUUAUUGCUUUCGAAUUACUUACAGGAUGUUCGCCUUUUACAGUCGAUGGACAAUCAAAUAAUAGUCGAGACAUUGCAAAGAGAAUAUUGUCGAAGUGUGUUCCUUUUCCGAGAGAUUUCGAUCGACUAGCAAUGGAUUUUAUCAGUCGUUUACUGGAAAAAUCUCCGCGAAGACGUCUUGGUCGAAAGGGCGCUGAGGAGAUCAAAAGGCAUCCGUUCUUAGCCGAUAUUGAUUGGGAUAAAUGUGAGAAGAAACGAUUGGUACCACCGAUUAUACCAACUAUACGCAACGACAUGGAUGUAACGAAUUUUGCUGUUGAAUUCACUAAUCAAGUACCACUUUAUUCGCCAGCUGACCCUCCUAUGAACGCUUGUAAUUUAUUUCGAGGAUAUUCGUUCGUUUCACCAUCGGUAAUUUUCUCGAAUAAUAAUGUAAUUGGUGAAGAAUGCUUAGCCGAUGAUUUUCAAUUACUUAUGUCGACAUCACCUUUCUUUUCGAAGUACAAAUUGGAUCGAACAGAAGAGGGAUUUCUAGGUCGUGGAUCUUUUUCAGUAUGCAGAAAAUGCGAACGGCUAGAAGAUGGUGCGAUGUUCGCUGUAAAAAUCAUAUCACAAAGGUUUCAUGCACAAGCAACACGCGAAGCGAAUAUUUUAGAAUUGGUCAGUGCUCAUCCAAAUAUUGUUCGCUUAAUUGAUGUCGUUUCCGAUAGUCUUCAUAUUUAUUUGAUAUUGGAAUUGCUUGAAGGUGGUGAAUUGCUGUCGCGGAUUAAGGCGAUGAGCAGUUUCACCGAAGCUCAAGCUGGUGUUAUUAUGAAGCAGUUGGUUUCUGCCGUUUCUUAUUUACAUUCGAAGAAUGUCGUUCACCGAGAUCUAAAACCAGAGAAUAUCUUAUUCGAAAAUAAAGAUACUCAAGCGAAAUUACGACUUGUUGAUUUUGGAUUCGCUCGUAUUCUACCAUCAGCCGCGGAGCAUUUAACAACGCCUUGUUUCACAUUACAUUAUGCAGCUCCAGAAGUUUUGGAAAGUGAUGAUCAACUACCACAGUAUAAUGAACAAUGCGAUUUGUGGAGUCUUGGAGUUAUUCUGUUUACAAUGCUGAGUGGCAACGUACCAUUUCAUGCUCGUCGAAAAGAUGAAUCGGCCACUGACAUAAUGACUCGUAUCCGAAAUGCACAAUUCUCAUUUGAUGGUCCUCAGUGGCGAGAAGUUAGCACUGAGGCAAAAACUUUGAUCACAUCAUUAUUAACAGUGGAUCCCGUAAAGCGAUUAUCACUAAUAGAAUUGCAAAAUCAUCCAUGGUUGCUUGAUGCAGCAGCACAAAAUGAAACACCACUGCAAACUCCGACCACAUUAAUGAUGUCACAUACAGCUGAAACAUUUAAUGAAACAAUGAACGCCUUUCUAAUUGCGAACCGAGACGGAUUUCAUCUAAUGGAGGUCACAGCUGCGCCACUUCUAGUUAAACGUCGAGGAUUAAAACGUAAAAGCGGAAAUGAAUCAGUUGUCGAGUCGAAUAAAAAGUCAACAAUGAUAAGAUGCGAAUUGGAGAGUGUUCCAGAGGCUGUUUCACCUGAAAUGACAAGGCCAGAUACUUCUCUAAUGGAAUACAGGACACCGAAGCCACCAACGAUAAGAGACACACGUGAUUCUGAUUAA